AUGGCUCCAGGCCCAGGGCUCCCUGCCUCUCUGGAUCUGUGCAGACCCCGCGCCCCGGUGGGGGCUGGCGAGAGGGCGCCGGAGUGCGCGGUACCGGGCACGGUUGUCCUGCUGCUCGCCUACCUGGCUUACCUGGCGCUGGGCGCCGGCGUGUUCUGGGUGUUGGAGAGCCCCGCGGCGCGCGAUUCCAGCGCGAGGUUCCAGCGCGACAAGUGGGCGCUACUGCAGAACUUCACAUGCCUAGACGGCCCGGCGCUGGACUCGCUGAUCCGGGGCAUCAUCCAAGCAUACCAAAAUGGGGACAUUGUCCUUGACAACACCACCAGCAUGGGGCGCUGGGAGUUCAUGGGCUCCUUCUUCUUUUCCGUGUCCACCAUCACCACCAUUGGCUAUGGCAACCUGAGCCCCCGAACGAUGGCCGCCCGCCUUUUCUGCAUCUUCUUUGCUCUCCUGGGGAUUCCGCUCAACCUCGUGGUGCUCAACCGACUGGGGCAUCUCAUGCAGCGGGGAGUACAGCGCUGUGCCCGCAGGCUGGGGGGCGCCUGGCAGGACCCAACCAAAGCUCCGUGGCUGGUGGGCGUCGGCGCCCUCCUCUCUGGCCUCCCGCUGUUCCUGCUGCUGCCCCCCCUGCUCUUCUGCCAUGUGGAGGGCUGGAGCUACGUGGAGAGCUUCUACUUCGCCUUCAUCACCCUCAGCACCGUUGGCUUCGGCGACUACGUGAUUGGAGGAAGCCAAGGCCCAGAGAGAAUAAGCAGUUUACUCAGCAGAGCACAGGGGCUGGGAGAGAGGCUAGCUGAGAUCUAUCUGCAAGAUGAGGGGGAGUCAACUAGGCCAAGAGGAAUCAGAAAUGAAGAGCACUGGAUGGACCCCUCCCGGAGGUACCCACUGUGGUACAAGAAUACAGUGUCCCUAUGGAUCCUCUUUGGGAUGGCAUGGCUGGCCUUGAUCAUCAAACUCACCCUUUCCCUGCUGGAGACGCCAGGGAGAUCUUAUUCCUGUUACCACCACAGCUCCAAAGAGAACUUCCAGCCCCCAAGCUGGAGGCAGAGCCUGGAUGGGGAGGCAGAACCCCGUUUACCACAGCCAGGUUGCCAUCUGGAGGAGCCUAUAGGAAUCACACAGCAUCCAGAACCCUCUACUCAGGUCUCAUGCUGUGGAAAGGACAGCUAG